AUGGCCGACAACGGCAACUCUUCCACCCUUGGCUCCAUUGCCAACUCUGCCACCGGCAUGGCUCAGCGUGCCUAUGGUGCCGUGACCGGCGACUCUUCCACUCAGAACAAGGGUGAAGCCACCCAGGAGCAGGCCAAGGCCCAGGACGAGGCCUCCCACACCACUGCCAAGUUGGGUCCUGUCUCUGCCGACCCCAAUACCGGUGCCGUCGCCCACGAUGACCAAAACCGCUCCACCGGCUGGUGGGACCAGACCAUGGGCUCUACCAAGGAGGCCGUUGGCAACGCCAUCGGCAACGAGAACCUGCGCCGCGCGGGUGUCGAGCAGAACGCCGCCGGCAAGGAACAGGAGGCCAAGGGUCAGCUGAAGGAUUGGGGCAGCGGUAUCCAGAACCGUGCCCAGGGUGCACUUGGCAGCAUCGGUGCUGCGGUCAGCGGUGACCGUGAGGAAGAACAGAAGUGGCGCGAUAUCCACGAUGAGGGCAAGGUCCGCCAGCGUGGUGCCGAGGCCGAUAUGGCUAAGAAGCAGGGCGCAUGA